UCAGCGCGUCUCGGGACUGUGCGGGGCCGGUUCGCGCCGCGGCUCGGGGCGGCUAUGGCGGCGUUGCGAGCGCUGCGGAGGCUGGGGGUCAGCCUGGCUCCGCGCUGCCCCGGCCCCCUCAUCUCGCUCCGGACGGGCUGGCCGCAAGCAGCCUCGGCCCGGAGCCUGGGCACCAGCGCGCUGCUGUGCUCGGCCCGCAAAUUCACAGACAAGCAUGAGUGGAUAUCAGUUGAAAAUGGUAUUGGGACUGUAGGAAUCAGCAAUUUUGCACAGGAAGCAUUAGGAGACAUCGUUUAUUGUAGUCUUCCAGAAAUUGGGACAAAGUUGAAUAAACAGGAUGAGUUUGGUGCUCUGGAAAGUGUGAAGGCUGCUAGUGAACUCUAUUCUCCUCUCACGGGAGAAGUAACUGAAAUUAACGCCACCCUUGCAGAUAAUCCAGGACUCGUCAAUAAAUCUUGUUAUGAAGAUGGUUGGCUUAUCAAGAUGACUGUGGAUAACCCUUCAGAACUUAAUGAACUGAUGAGUGAGGACGCGUAUGAGAAAUUUAUAAAAUCCAUUGAGGACUGACCUGGAAUGCUAAAAUAAACCACUACAAAACACUUACUUCAGCGUAGUUUGUCAUAGAUUAGUGGUAUACAGGAGGUCUGACAUUGGGCAGCUUGAAAAAAUUGCAUCUUCCAGAAAUUUUGGAUAACAUUUCAAGACAAAUAUGCUGCCUCUGAAUCGUGUUGUACUAAAGAGCAAUCCUGUGACAAUCAAAGAUUGCAGAUAGGAAAAAAAAAUGCUUAACAUUUGCUCCUUGUUGCUAGUGAAUUUUUUAGUUUACUAAACUUAAUUAUGUAAUUGUCAGAGUUUGGAAUGUCAUCUAGAGUAAAAUAAUUUUAGUUCCUAUAAAUACACACAAAGAGUAGCAUUGUAACAUGCAACAAUCUUAACAGCAGCAUGGUAACUGUGUUAGCUGUCCAAAUACAUUUACAUAGCUAACAGGUUGUUGUGAUACGAAAGCUGCAUCAGGUUUCAGGUGUGCAUAGCAAAAUAAUCUUUAAAAAGUUUAGUUUAGUUAAAAUUUCUACAGAUAAGUCUAGAGCCUUGCAGCAGACUAGAUAACAGAAAAUAAAAAAUAACUGAUUUUA